AUGUCCAAGAAAAGGGUUGGGCUUCCCCAAAAGAGCACAUUGUUGCGCUCCAAAGAUGACAAUAAUCUUGUCGAAGCAUUGAAACUCUAUGAAGCUAAGAACUAUAAGAAAUCUUUGAAAAUGCUUGAUGGCAUUUUGAAAAAGAAUUCAAGCCAUAUCGACUCAUUAGCUUUGAAAGGUCUCAAUCUUCAUUUUACCAAUCAAAAGGAUGAAGGUAAAACUUAUAUCUUCAGAGCGAUUGACAAAAUUAAGGCACAAGAGCCUACGCCGAUCGCUUGCCACAUUUUAGGCAUCUACAUGAGAAAUGUUCAAGAUUACAAGGAGGCCGCCAAAUGGUUCCAAUGCUCUUUAGAUAACGGUUCGAGCAACAAACAAAUCAAUCGUGACCUAGCAACACUGUAUUCUCAAGAACACGAUUAUGGCAAACUCUUGAAAGUGAGAAAGGAUUAUUGGGAAGACUUCAUGGGCUAUCGGGCAAAUUGGACAUCUUUGGCCAUUGCAUACGAUCUCAAUGGACAAAAUGAAGAAGCAGUAAACAUUUUGACAAAAUUUGAGGAACUCGCGGCUGGCAAAUUGGGUACCACCGAGGCGUUCGAGCAUAGCGAGUGUCUCAUGUACAAAAACGACGUAUUGUUCAAGUUGGCAGGACAAGACUCUCAAAAGCUUGAAGAAGCGCUCAAAAAUUUGGAACAAAUCAAGGACCAGGUAUUUGACAAAUACGCGUGGUACGAAAGAAAGGCGGCGAUUUUAAUGAAGCUUGGUGACAGAAAGCAAGCCUCUAAAGUAUACAGGCUGCUGAUUAAAAGAAAUCCUGAUGAUGUCAAAUACUAUAAGCUGCUUGAAGUAGCUCUGGGAAUCACGUCUAAUGACAGGCUACGGGUCGCUUUGUAUGAUAGGUUUAUGAAGAUAUACCCAAGAGCCGAUCCUCCGAAAUUCAUCCCACUUACUUUCAUCAAGGACGAUACCGAGUUUUCUAGAAGGUUGCAAGCUUACAUCGAGCCUCAACUUCAGCGGUGCGCGCCCGCAACUUUCGGCAAUAUCAAAUGUCUUUACAAGAAAGAUUCAAAACGAAUGAUUAAUUCGGUCGAAAACUUUGUUCUUCAAUAUCUCCAGAAUUUAAACUCAAUUAAACAACCCCUGCAAUAUGUGUGGACCUGCUACUUCCUCGCCCAGCAUUUUCUAUUUUUGAAGGAAUUCGGGAAAGCACAAGAAUUUAUUGGGAAUGCUAUCGAGCAUACUCCAACGCUGGUUGAGUUUUAUAUCCUCAAGGCCCGCAUUAUGAAACACGUAGGCUUACUUGAAGAGGCAGCAGCUACUAUCAAUGAAGGCCGGAAACUCGAUCUACAGGAUAGAUUUAUCAACACCAAAACCGUUAAGUACUUCCUACGGUCAAAUAUGGUCGAGGAGGCCGUUGAAGUGGUCUCGAUAUUCACAAAAAAUGAUGACGCGUCGAACGGAGUAGUGGAUUUGCAUUUGCUGGAAGCUUCAUGGUUUAUUUGCGAGCAAGCAGAGGCUUACUACAGGUUAUAUUUGGAAAGAAAGCGUAGUUUGCAGGAGCUAAGAGUACAGAGAACUACUGCUGAAGACGACGAAAAGUUGAGCGAAUUGUCUAAACUCAUUAAAGAGCAAACUUACGAAGUUUCGAAAUAUAAGGGUUUGAGUUUGAAAAGAUUCCUAGCAAUUGGCAAGUUUUACAAACAGUUUGAGGAUGACCAGCUUGAUUUCCAUUCUUACUGCAUGAGAAAAGGUGUUCCACGCGCCUACAUGGAUAUGUUAAAGUGGGGUAAGAAGGUUUUCACUUCACCAAUGUACAUCAGAGCGAUGGAUGGGGCAGUGAAAUUGUAUUUCGACAUUUUUGACGCAGUUGAACAGGACACUUCAGCGAUCCAUGACGAGGACUCAAAUUUGAAAAAGAAUAACAAAAAGGCUAAAAAGGAAUCUGCUGCGUUUGCCAAACGUGUCGAGGAAGAUAAAAAAGUUGUAUUGGCUUAUGAAAAGGACGACGACAUUUUGGGUGAGAAACUGUUGGCCACGAAAUCCCCUCUAGAGGAUUUUAGCAAGUACUUUUACGCGAACUACGUGAAGGAAAUUGACGAGAGAUCCAAAAACUAUCUACUGGACUACAAUUAUCACUUGAGAUGCUCCAAAUAUGCUUUAUGUCUCGGGUCCGUGUCAAAACUCGCAGAAUAUAUUGGGAGAUCAAACGCCUUGACCGGUUCCCUUCUGAUAUGCUUGCUCGAAAGGGUUACAAGCUCCGCCGCCACUGAUGAGGUUACCAAAAAGAUUGUCUUGAAGGGCCUGGAAAGACAUUUCGCUGAUUUUCCCCAGGACAAAGCUAACGAGGAAUACGAUUGGCUUUCAUAUUUUCAGACAACUUAUACGUCUGAGAAACUCCAGGGUGCUCUGUACCUUUACCACACAUCGUCGGUCUUCAUCCCCCACCAUGCGGUGAAGACCUUGAUUUUAAAAGAACUUCAAAACGAAGAACCGCUACUUCAGAACCAGGUCCUAAACUAUGAAUUAUAG